GACAGCAUCAGUGUGAGCACAGGAAUCAACACAGACCAACCUAUCAAAAUGAUGAAGCUGGUGGUGUUGUCUUGCGUAUUGGCGGCGGCCUCCGCCACGGGUUUGUUUGGGGGUUACAUAUCACCAUACGCACCCUUGGCCUACGCCGCACCCUACUACCAGCCCUACAACUACCGGGGGCCACUAUCCCUCGCCCCCGGCCAGCCCGCCAACAUCUUGGCCGCUGAUGGCAGGCCUUUGGACACUCUUGAAGUUAACUUGGAUCGGUCAGCACACCUUACUGCCAAGGCCCUCGACAGUGGUAUCCAUCUCCUGAAGAAACGAUCAGUCUUCGCUACCCCUCUUAUUGCUCCCUACGCUCCUCUCGCCUACGCCGCUCCACUUAUAGCUCCCUCCAACUACCGUGGCCCACUUUCCCUCGCCCCCGGUCAGCCCGCCAACAUCUUGGGUGCUGAUGGAAGGCCCUUGGACACCUUGGAUGUAAACUUGGACCGUGCUGCCCACUACACCGCUAAGGCCGUAGAAGGAGCCCACAUCUUGAAGAAGCGUUCUGCUGCCUUCAUCACCCCUGUCGCUGCAGUAGCUCCUGUGGCCGUCGCCCGCUCUCCACUGAUCGCUCAUAGCUACGCCUACACCGCUCCCGCUUUUGCCCGGAUAAGCCCGAUCACAUACGCUUCUCCAUACGCUCAGUAUCUGAACGACGAAAUAAAGUAUAAAAGACCAUAUUACCUUUCAGCUGGCAUCAGUGUGAGCACAGGAAUCAACACAGACCAACCUAUCAAAAUGAUGAAGCUGGUGGUGUUGUCUUGCGUAUUGGCGGCGGCCUCCGCCACGGGUUUGUUUGGGGGUUACUUAUCACCAUACGCACCCUUGGCCUACGCCGCACCCUACUACCAGCCCUACAACUACCGGGGGCCACUAUCCCUCGCCCCCGGCCAGCCCGCCAACAUCUUGGCCGCUGAUGGCAGGCCUUUGGACACUCUUGAAGUUAACUUGGAUCGGUCAGCACACCUUACUGCCAAGGCCCUCGACAGUGGUAUCCAUCUCCUGAAGAAACGAUCAGUCUUCGCUACCCCUCUUAUUGCUCCCUACGCUCCUCUCGCCUACGCCGCUCCACUUAUAGCUCCCUCCAACUACCGUGGCCCACUUUCCCUCGCCCCCGGUCAGCCCGCCAACAUCUUGGGUGCUGAUGGAAGGCCCUUGGACACCUUGGAUGUAAACUUGGACCGUGCUGCCCACUACACCGCUAAGGCCGUAGAAGGAGCCCACAUCUUGAAGAAGCGUUCUGCUGCCUUCAUCACCCCUGUCGCUGCAGUAGCUCCUGUGGCCGUCGCCCGCUCUCCACUGAUCGCUCAUAGCUACGCCUACACCGCUCCCGCUUUUGCCCGGAUAAGCCCGAUCACAUACGCUUCUCCAUACGCCCAUUACUUUUGAAUCAUCGACGAAAUUAUAAAAUGCAAUAAAGUUGUUUAAAUAACCAAUUA